AUGUCUGCCACUCUGCUUUUCCUCUUAUUAAUCCGCUUAACUCUUUCCUUACCGCCUCACAGCGCCAAGACGGCGGAUCCGCAAACAAUAAAAGAUGCAGAUUUUGAAAUUACCUACGAACCGAAUGGCAGGCAACUGCACGUUGGCAGCCUUAACCAGGAAAAGUGCAACAACUACAACUACUACAUAAAUCAGCAGUGCGAAAUAAUUCACUCUCUCGAAAAAAUCGAUGAUAAAAAUGCUCUCUUGUGUAAAAACAAAAACAAAUGUGAGUAUCUCACAAAUUAUGUGUUCCAAAGUCUCGGCAUAGAAAACGUCCCAGAAGCAGAUUUCUCAAAUUUAAGUCCGCCACUUAACGCAAAAGUUGAGAGAAAAGAAAAAUGCAACAAAGAAGUGCAGCUAAAUGAAAAAAUCAAAUGCAUGUGCUGCAUCAAAGAGAUGGAAAGCAGUGAAACGGAAAAAAUAAAUGGCGAGUUAACCCCAGGGCAAACAACCAAAAAUGGUGUGUACCCCUUCGGUGACUGCAAAUGUAUUCUAAAAUAUGAAGUAGACAAUGAACACGCCUUAAAUGCCGAUAAAUGUAAAAACUUCAUCUGUAAUAGUGGGAUGUGCACAUUGCGGAUGGAUGGAGAACCCUUCUGCUCCUGCGAGGAGAACCAUUAUUUCGACAAAAGAACUAAUGCGUGCAUAAGGCAUCAAGAUGAGGUGAACGCAGGGGCGAAUCAGACGAAUGAGGCAAGUCAGUCGGUCAUGCGGAAACCGCGCCCUCUAACAUAUGAAAGCGAAUCGAACGGAAACGAAAUAUACGACGAUCAGAAAAAUGGGGAACAUACACAGAGAGUUGGUGCUAACCAAGAUAAAGGCAGCGACACACAUUCUCAUACCGCUCAGGGAAGCCCAAAUAACCACGAAAACAGAAACCCAAACAAUGCGUUCACUGAUGAGUGUCCAAUAAAUCACGUAAGAAAUAAACAGGGGGAGUGCCAAAAAAAGGAAAGCAACUCAGCCGAGAAUAUUUGCCUCAGAAUAGAAUGUUUCGUCAAUUCAGACCCAUCAGAAUGCGCAUGUAUAGAUAAAAAUGGGCAAAAAAUAGAAAAAGCUAUCUUCGACGUUUCCCACAUAACAGUGUGCACCCUCAACAACAUAAACUGUGACUACGGAACAUGCAAUAACUCGCCAAAAAAGGGGGAACUUGCAUGUAUUUGCAACAAGAAGUAUAAAUAUAACAGCUCUUUGAAGGUAUGCAUUGGUUACGCCGCAACACGCCUUCUCAGUUGGAUCCUCAUCAUCGCACAGUUCGGCAUAAUUGCAACUGCGCUGUGA